GCGUGGCCGCUUGAGCCUGGGUUGCGGGCAGAGCCAGAGUCUAAGCCAGCCUUAGCCUUGGGCCGCGCGGGUCUCUCUGCGGAGAGCCCCAGGAGCCCGCCCGCCUGCCAUGGACUCCGGCGGGGCGGCGCUGCUGCUGCUGCUGCUGCCCCUCUCCCUUUGGCUUGGGGGGCUCGUCUCCUCCGAGGUGGUCAGCAUCUGUUCCUCCUCCCCAUGUAAGAACGGAGGGACCUGCCGGGACUGGGAAGGGGGCUACCGGUGCCUCUGUCCCCAGAGCCCCUUAGCCUUCGUGGGAAGAGACUGUGAGUCCCUGUAUGACGCCUGUGCAGGGCACCCCUGUCCACCUGAGUGGAUUUGCAUCGGGAGCCUUGGAGACCCGAGUUACGCCUGCCACUGCCGGCUGGGCUCGGCUGGUCUCUCCUGCGGCCUCCGAGGCGAGGAGUGCAAAGCCCACCCUUGUCUCCAGCCGCCGUUCCAGUGCGUAGACCUGCCCGAUGGAUUCAGCUGCCAAUGCGAGGGCAUGGGCAGCUGCCUGGCAGGGCCUCCCCUGUGCUCCGGCCAGCCCUGCCACAACAACGGCACCUGCGUUGAGAGCCCCAGGGGGUACGCCUGCCACUGCCAACCCGGCCACGGUGGGGCCCGCUGCGAGGAGGAUGUGGACGAAUGUGCCUCCAGCCCGUGCCAGAACGGGGCCAUCUGCCUCGAUGGGGCCAACGAAUACCGCUGCUUCUGCGUGCCAGGCUUCCAGGGCUACCGCUGCGAGAUAGACAUAGACGAGUGCGCCUCCCGUCCUUGCCAGCACAACAGCACCUGCCUCAACCAGAUGGACCGCUACGCUUGCCAGUGCCUGGCUGGCUACACAGGAGUGAACUGUGAGGUGGAGAUAGAUGAAUGUGAAUCCGGCCCUUGCUGGAAUGGCGGCACCUGCAGGGACCACGUGGGGUUCUUCGCCUGUGCCUGCAUGCCAGGGUACGAGGGGAUCCGGUGUGAGAUAGAUGUCAAUGAGUGCCAGAGCCAGCCAUGUCUCAAUGGAGGGAUGUGCCACGACCUUGUCAACAGCUACCAGUGUCACUGUCACAACACUGGCUUUGAAGGGCAGCAUUGUGAGCUGGAGAUCUUGGAGUGUGCCUCCCAACCUUGCCAGAACGGCGGGACCUGCCUGGAAGGCAUUGGACGCUACAGCUGUGAGUGUUGGCCAGGAUAUGUGGGGGAACACUGUGCAGAAGAUGUGGAUGAGUGUGCCAUGGCGCCCUGCCUCAAUGGCGGCCAGUGCUUUGAACGGUCCAAUAAGAGCUACUAUGGGGAGCACAUAGACUUUCCAGCGCUGUUCAGCUACCAGGAGGCUGCAGGGUUCAUUUGCAGGUGCCAGCCAGGCUUUGGCGGAGAGACCUGCUCCCUUGACAUUGACGAAUGCGAGUCCCAACCAUGCCAGAACGGAGGGAGCUGUGUGGAUCUAGUGAAUGGCUAUCAGUGUCACUGCCUGCCGGGAUACUCAGGUGUGGACUGUGCCACUGACAUUGACGAGUGCGAAGACCAUCCCUGCCAAAAUGGGGGUGCCUGCGAAGAUGGCAUCGCGGACUACAUCUGCCAUUGCAUCCAUGGUCCAGAUGGCAUUGCCUGGGGUGGAAAGAACUGCUCUGUGGAGUUGACUGGGUGCCAGAACCACAGCUGCCAAAACGAAGCCUUGUGCAUCCCCACCUACCAGUCUGAGGCACAUGGCCACCUGUGCCGUUGCCACUCUGGAUUCCAUGGUGCCACUUGCUCCAUGCCAACCACCUUCUCCUUCACAGCCAACGUCUAUCUCUUUAUCAACAUGACUGCAAACAGCAAGAGCACCGGGGAAGCCCCAGGGGGUCACCAAGCCAGCGUGGCCCUCCGGUUCCGGACCACCCUCCCUGACGCCAUCCUCUUCUACCGAGGCCACCCAGGAGAACAUCUCCUCCUGGAACUCACCGCUGGCCUCCUGCGAGUGACACUUUUAAUGCAGGGUGCUCGGUCAUCUUUCACCCUGGAGGCACCGCAGGUGGACGACGGCCGCUGGCACAAGGCAGAAGUCCUGUUGCAAGAUUCUCUCGUGCUCAGGCUUUGGCAUGAAGCAUGCAAUGGGGGUGUCUGUCUGCACAGCUACGCCCUUGGUGAGGCAGCCCCAGUUUCCUUCCUGCCCUCCUUUUUGCAAAUAUAUAUUGGUGGAGUCGAAGAGGACUUCAUGGCUGACCCGACAAGGAGUUUCAUUGGAUGCUUGGAAGACUUGCAGAUCGAUUCUAAGGUCAUCCUACCACAGGAGGUAGAUGGCUUGAAAGCUGCUGGACUUGAGCUGGGCUGUGAGAGGACGGAGUGGUGUCACUCUCAGCCUUGUUCACAUGGCGGCCGGUGCAUCGACCUCUGGGUGGACUUUCGCUGUCACUGUCCUCGGCCCUAUGAAGGUCGCACAUGCUCCUAUGAGUCUCCUACAGGAACUUUUGGCCAAGAGAACUCCUCAAGCUUUGCCACAUUUGUAAUUGGCCACAGUCCAGGGGCAAACUUCAACCUGUCCUUUUUCAUCCGGACUCUGAAGCCCAGUGGCCUGGUGAUACAAAUCAGCAACCAGACUGGCGCUUUCCUUACCAUUUACCUGAAGGAUGGGCGGCUCCAAGUAGAGGCAACAUCUGAUGCUGCUGUUGGGCCCUCAGGUCACCUGGCGGACGGCGUCAGGCACUUUGUGGUGCUUUCCUUCCACAACGGUCUUGCUCACGCCGGCCUGUUAAACGGAGAGGAGGAGCUGGGACCCCUGGCAGUGACGCCUCUCGCCUCUGGCUCCGAGGUUCAAGUGGGGGGACUCCCAGACCAGGCUAGCGCUGGCCCUUGGGGAGGGCAUUUUAAAGGCUGCCUUCAGGAUAUCCGACUCAAUCACCACCAGAUGCAGUUUUUCCCUCACCCAGUCACCAACGACAGUGCUCCGCGAGAGAUGGUUGCAGGAGAAAUCACCAACGUUGGUUUAGGAUGCAUCUCAGAUGAUGCCUGCAAGUCUCCUCCGUGCCUAAAUGGUGGUCACUGUGAGGUCACCUGGAAUGACUUCAACUGCAGCUGCCCGGCCAACUUCACUGGCAAGCACUGUGAAGAGAGAGUCUGGUGCACCAGUGAGCCGUGUCCUCAGUCCACAACCUGUGUGGACGUCCCAUCUGGCUACGUCUGUCUGGCCGCUGCCACGUUUCAUGAACACAAUGCAAUUGAAUUCACUGCCAAUGUGUCCGUCACCAGAGCCCUCCACAGCCUCCGCCUGGACUUCAGAACGUGGGACGAAGAUGCCAUCUUGCUGCGGGCUGUAGAGGAAGUGGAUUCGCUCCUGGUAGCCGUCCAGAACUCCUCUCUACUGGCAGAGAUCAGGAGUGGGAAUGGUAUUGAGGGGGCCAACUUUCUCAGCCAGGUGCCUGUCUCUGAUGGCUCCUGGCACACGCUCGCGUUGUCCAUGGAAGAGCCCUUGGCCCUUUCGUCAAGAUGGCACCUCUGUUUGGAUGGGUCCGCCAACGCGACCCUCCAGGGCAGUGCUGGGAAUCUGGACUUCCUAAAAAGCAACACGCUCAUCGCCCUAGCGGAAAACUUCACCGGCUGCCUUCGACACGCAGACAUAGGCGGUGUAUUUCUGCCGUUGGCUGCUUCCAUCACAUACCCACAGCCAGAGCAGUUCCUGCAGACGAACGGCCGGGCAGCCCUUCUCGGCUGCCAAGGGGCCGACGUCUGUGCCUCCAGCCCCUGCCACCACGAGGGCUCCUGCCAGGACCUGUUCAAUGCCUUCCGCUGUGCCUGUGGUCCCGGGUGGGAGGGCCUGUUGUGCGAAGCCAACGUUGAUGACUGCAAAUCAAGCCCCUGCGUUCACGGCGUGUGCGUGGACCAGGUGGCCGAUUUCCAGUGCGAGUGCGAGAAGGGCUACAUUGGGAAGCGCUGCCAGAUCGACGUGGACGACUGCAUUAGGCACCAGUGCCAGAACGGGGGGAGCUGCGUGGAUGGGGUCUACGGCUACUCUUGCAAAUGCCCCCCGCAAUAUACAGGCCCUCAUUGCGAGUGGCCGUUCCCACCUGAGCAAUGCGGCAAGAACUUCACCUGCCUGAACGGUGGCAAUUGCACAAGUGGGCCCUGGGGAGCCAAUUGCACCUGCAAGCCAGGCUACGCAGGCAGGAAAUGCCAGAUUAACAUCAAUGACUGCGACCCCAAUCCCUGCCAGAAUGGGGGGACCUGCCAGGACUCAGUAAACCGGUAUCGAUGCGUGUGCAGUGCCAGCUAUGCAGGAGAGCGUUGUGACGUUGAUAGGGGGACUCCUGGUGCGCUCUUCCCAUUCCCAUUAAUUGAAGUAGCAGUACCAGUAGCCUGCGGGUGCUUGAUGCUACUCAUUAUAAUCCUCGUCCUUAUGAUUCUCACGGCCCGGAAGAGGCGCCAGUCUGAGGGGACCUACAGCCCAAGCCGACAGGAGGUGGCGGGAGCCCGCCUGGAGAUGGACAGCGUGCUAAAGGUGCCGCCGGAGGAGCGUUUAAUAUAGGCCUUGCCCUAGAGAGGCAAAGUGGUGCCUUUGAAAGGCCUGUGCUGAGACGCUGGGCUCGCCCCAGGCCAUGCGCUCCUUGCCCAUCUCACCCGGCUCCUUCGGGGCCACCGAGCGCAGUGGAAACACACCCACGAGUGGCUGGGCCACAGGUGUGCCUGGGAGCGGCUGAGGCUCCCCAACCCACCUCUGCCUCAGCUGUUGGCAGCAGCUCAGCACCCCCUUCGAGCCUGCCUGCCCCAUUCACCCACCUGCCCUCCCUUGUAACAGCCGGUUCUAACAGGCAGAACUGCAGGCUGCCUCUCUGCCCGAUUGCACGGAGGGGUAGAGCUUGCCCAAGCCCCAGCUGCCCCCCCAACCAACCAGCAACAGCAACCCUGCCUCCUGUGUUAUCGAGGUGGCUGAAUGGGGGGGAGAUGUUUGGAAACCACUGAAAGUAUUUGCACAAACUAAAUGGAUUUCAUAAGAUAGCCCCCUCUGGGCUGGACUGUUAUGACACUCCUGCUUGCUGUUUUGGAUGUGAGUGUGUGUGAGUUCAGUUCUUCUAGCCCAGUGCUGUGGGAGGAAGGUCACGGGAGACAGCUUCAUGGCCCCUUAAGGAGUCAGGAGUGACAGCCCGAGAGUGGUCGGAAAGCAGUAACUGGGCCUGCUUGUUGACGUGGGGUGUGCGCUCUUUCUCUCUCGCCCCAUCCCACUUGAGAAUGAGACCUGUUACGAGACGCUUUGCCAUGCACUGCCAACCCAAGGGGUACCCACAAGACUACUCGGUUGACUUCCUGGCGGUGGAUCUGCACGUGCAAACCUUGUGCAGCGAUUGCAGAGUUCCCACUUGUCUGAAAUGCUGCUGCGUCUUGUUCCACCGCAGCGACCAGCUUGGGCCCAUGUCAGCAGCUCCACGCUGGUAGGUGCCGUGGGAGCAGCAGGGGCUGCGGCACUUGCCACUGUCUUUGGCAUCUCCCUUGUGGCCGUGAAAAAGAGGAAGGCCACUCAAGGAACCUGCCGCCCAAGGCGGCAGGAGAAGGAUGGGGCUCGAGUGGAGAUGUGGAACGUGAUCAAGCUGCCCCCACUGGAGCGGCUGAUCUGAACACCAGCAACAACGGAGGGCUGUGUCCGUGAACCCAAGUGGCAAAGACUCAAUUCUCUCUCUCCAUGGUGCUUCCCCGAUGCAGUUUCAUCUGGCUGCUCCUUGCGGCGUAGCCAGCAGGCAAGAGUUGCUCCAUUGGGCCUUUUCUGCUAGGAUGACACACACUCAGGGACUAUAGCAAGGCAGCAGCCGAGGGACACAGAGGGAACGUUUCAGGAGUCGAAGGCCUGCUGUCUGCCUGUCCAAAAGCAUGUUCUGGUGCCUGCACUUUUUGUCUGUUUACAGGGGGAAACUGAGCCCAACCCGAGGCGGGGAAACUCAGCACAAACUUUGCGUUGGCCAUUAGUCAGACAGUGGCUGGGAGACAAAACAGAGUUGGACAGCGGCAUAAGCGUCGUUGUGCUUGAUUGACUCGGACAGCCUGCAUGGCUCCAAACUCCACGGAUCAACAGAGCCUUCCCCUUGCAAGGAUAGAACACCGCACAUCCCUCCCAGUCGACCGCAACUGGUUGCCAAGGAUGAACCACAAUGCGGUGACCUAAAGUGCCUAGUGAAAAAGUUACCUGAGGCAGUAUUAGAUGAAUGAGAAGCCCACUCGGGGCCCCUCACUGCCCCCUUCUAGAGACAGCUGCAAUUUUGUGUGCACAAAGAGUCCCUAACCAAGAACAUUCUCUCGCCUCAGGAUCACAAUGCGGCUACUUUGCAAAGCUCCUUCUUCAAAAGUGGUUUCAGGCUGUCUGCACCAAAAUGUGACUCCUGUCGGCUUGGCUGAUUUCCAGCUUAUCCUAGUCAUGGCCUUGUUCCUACACGCAGCAUAUUUCCUAGCUUGAGGUUUAUUGGUUGUGUCCGAGAACAGUUACAAGCUAAAGGGUAAUAAAAACAGCUAUAGGUAUGUGCAAUAAUCAGCCACAGAUACUGUUAAAAAUUGACUGUGUGACAUCUUGCUUGCAGGAUAGUAAAGCAGUUAAGGCGGGGCUGCUCUUGGACUGCAGCGCCCAUCCUCUCUGACUUUUGGCUAUGGGGCUAACGGGAGCUAGAAACCCGGCAACAGCGAGGGCCACAGGAUCCCCAUCAAUGGCAUCCUAAAUGAGGGUGCUGUUGCUUGCAUGGACAGAGGCACUGGGCAAGAGUUGGGGAGUCCUCACAGUGGAGGAGGAGGGGCAGACAGUGGCCAGGCUGAGCGGCACAACCAUCUCUCCUAGGAAAGAGGCGGCUGGCCGGCCAAUGUGCCAUCAAGGCAGGGAUCCUUCCUGGCCCUACAUUGGAAGUGCCAGGGAUUGGAUGGGAGGCCUUCUCCAAGGAAAGCAUGUGCUGUACCAGUGAGCUACAGCCUUUUCCUCUCCACCUUCUGUACCUGUGGAAUGUGGGGAAGAACACAGCCUGCAGCAUUAGCCAUUUGCUGUAUGUUUAGGGACACUCAGAGAGGGGGUAGAGCCAUGCUCUAACUCGGCACCCCCUAGCAGCUGGGGGGAGACUGAAUGAGGCAGCCUUCCCGGAUUAGACUAACCAGUUGCCCAGAGCAGAGAAAUGACUCGGUAUUCGCUUCUGAUGUCUGUUGGGUACAGAAGAUGUAGGCGCACCGCUCCCCUUCUUGUCGUUACCACCAGUUGGCCCAAAGAACCAGUGGUUAGAGCUGGCGGUCAACGGACUCCCCCCCACCCUCUUGUUAUGUGCUGGCUCCUCUUCCUGCACCAUGUGCUGGAGACAACAUGAACACCUGCAUGAGUAUGGCCAACUGUGGCCUAAAAUCAUUAGCGUUUUCAGUGCAAUUAUUACCAACAGGAGUGAGAAAUAUUUUAGCAAACACUAUCUGCUCCCAGCACCAAAGCCCGGCUUAAUAAGGGGAGGUGUGAAUUCCCACAGACUGUUGCAGGGAGGGAGUCCCCAGCUGCCUCACUGCUGCUCACAAGUAUAUAAUUUGUACUUCCCUUUUGUAAAUAUUUUGGAAAUAACUAACUGUGCAAAAGGGAAUGGAUUCGACAACAAGAGGCUGGUCCUGUGCACCACCCUCUUGGUGGAGUGAGCCACGACAUCCCUCCCACAACAUUUUGGAAGGGCCAUAGAGCAUUCCCUGCAGGUGAAGGCUUAUUGUGGCAGGGCUAGAUCCCCAGAGAGCGAAAGGGCCAGGCCCAGGGAGAGGGAAGCCAGCCAGAUUGGGAUGGGAUGGAGCCAGAAAAGUCAUGCCUGCCAGAGGGGAGUUCCACGCCCAGCACUAGCAGGAUCCCAGUGCUCCUGCUAAUUAGGAGUUUGCUUCUGUUGGACUCAGACGGACGUUCCCACCCCACCCCCUCUCCUCAAUGGGUCUGCUGCUACAAUCACAAAGCAUUACGAAGCAGAGGGAAUCUAGCCCCCUCUGUGAGCCUUAGGGGAGGAGCAGCACCUCAUCGUGUCAGGCCUCGUCCAAUGGGCCUGGUCCAAGCAAUCUCCACUGGGACUGUGGGAGUCCAUCCAUUAAAACAAAGGCAGGUAAGGUCAAGUGUGCCACACGCGCACGGCCCAGUGGCUGCUCCAUGCAAGGAGGCUGAUGGGGAAUGGUCAGGCCCGACGUUUGCUGGCCCAGCUCCCCUCCCAGAGGGCCCUUCAUGUACUGGCUGGCAGAUAGGCAGUAGCCCGCACCGUUCGGCAUCUGCCAAUGCCACGAUAAACGCAGGUGGAAGGGAACAGGGCCUUGCUAGAGGCUGCCUGCAAAGGAGAGCUGUGGCAAGCAAGCCAAGCUGCAAUGCGGUAAGGGGAUGCAGAGUAUUUCCUCUCCUAAAAGAUCUAGUCUUGGAGGGAAAAGUCCCAACCCUUCCCCUUGAGCAUAAUGCAGCAUCCACACAGCCAGUGCCUCUGGAACGGCAUUGUCUUGUCCAUGCGACUCAAGAGUCCCCGAGGCCUCACAAGGGGAGGAAGCAAGUUGCUGGGUCAGGCGGCAGAAACUCAUAGAUUCUAGUGGGUCACAACCAGGGCUGUGGCGUCGGUAUGUCAAACCUUCGGCUCCGACUCCUCUAUUUUUCUACUAUCCGACUCCUUCAUAAAUGGCAAAUGUAUAUUAAUUUUUCUACUGACUCUGACUCCUUCAUAAAUGGCAAAUGUAUAUUAAUGUAUUAAUAUUAAUAAAUUAAUAUUAAAAUAUUAAUUUUAUUUUGAUGUUGGAGUCAGUACAUUUCUACCGACUCCGACUCCACCCAAAAUUGCUUCCGACUCCACAGCCCUGGCACAACUGAGGAAGCAGAUUAAGAAUCAUAACCUCCAUCCUGUAGAUCCCAAAUUCUGGUAGCCAACAGGGAGUGUGGUGCUUUUGGCCAACAAUUGAGACACUUGCUGUGAGGGGAUCAUGGGAGAGCCACGUGUCUCCCCUGGCUCCUGUGUCCACCUCCCAAGGGAGGCAUGCCUCAUAGCUGGGUGAUCAUGGCUUUAACGACCCCCCACCCACCCACCCGUCUUAUUGCUGUCUUUGGUACAGCAACAAGCCUUGUGUUUACCAACACUUGGCAAGUCUCCAGGAGGUGGCAAUGAGACACAUUCCCCAAACUAAUCAUGCCAGAGAAGCCCAGUUUUACUGAUCAUACCGCAUGCCAAAACGGGUUUGUGAACCAGCCUUUGAAGAAAUAGCUCUUAUGGAUCCUUGCCUGGGGUCCCUCAGCUUUUAAAGAUUACAGUUUUAAAGAUUUGCAUCUUACAGUUCUGAGUGCCACAAAGGCACACCCUUGCCACAGAUACCAACCAGUGUUUUUAGCCUCUGCUGUUUAAUUUAUGGAUGUUUUUGUUUCCCGCUGUGAACUUAACUUACUUUUGGUAUUUAAUUUUGGAUAUAUUUUUUCACAAAAAUUAUUUGCUACAGAUUAUGACAUUCCUUUUUAAAAAAAACAGGCUGGUGAUUGUUGUAAUUAAAAUUUGCAUCUAUUUCUACAGCUUAAACUAUUCCACAAAGAAAUGUAUUUACAAUAAAAAAAGUAAUGGAAGUAUGUAGAGGCUCUUGAAACCCACCUAGGGUAAACACUGGCUCCUUCGCUACUUAGGGAUGUGUUCAGUUACAACAAUGCAAAUGCUUCUAGGAGAAGGGGUGAGGGCAAAGGCAACCUCUGCUGCUCAGUUGAGUAGGUUACACUGUUUUCUAAGCAAAGUAUUGCUGAAAGUUUCUCCUUAACCAAUUGAAAUGUUUAUGAACAUACUAUGGCAUCAAAUCAGCUCAGCCAAUGGCUGGAGGUGAACUACAUCCAACUUUUAUCUUGUUCUGAUAUACUCUGCAGACAAGAUGCCGAGCAGUGAAUUCAGAAUUUCUAUCUUAGUCAGUAAUUAAGGACAUAAAUUCCAGAUGUCUUUCCUAUAUACAGCAUCUCUUGAGGUCACAUCGCACGUGAUGAUGCUACAUUUUACAGGUCACAAAUAUGGCCAGGUCACCGGAAGACUGGUGAUGAAAUACAUAUUUCUGACAGUAUGGAGGGAGAAGCUACUAUUUCUAAUGUGACAAUGAUGUCAAUAUUCCCUCCUGAAUGAUUCUGAAGUAUUUUUAUACACCUCAAUGGUUCUGUUACAGGGUUGAGGAAUCUUUUUCAGUAAUCGGAGAACCGCAUUCACUUGUUGGUCACCUUCCAGAGCCAAAAGUGGGCAGAGCAACACAUGUCACCCCUACCCUUUGUACAGUAAGCUACAUUCAAACCAUGCAAGAAACUGCUUCUUGCAGAGAGCUCUCCAUUCUCCAUCCAAGCAACCAAGAGGCAUUCUCUGAGUUCAAGGACACAUCUCAGCCAUGCAAAAGCAUUCAAGGAAGGGGUGGGGCAGGAAUGGGGUGGAGCGUUGUCUGGGGAGAGUCUGAAGGACUCAACAGAGGGGCCUGAAAGGCCGCAUUUGGUAUGAGGGUUGGAAGUCCCCCGGUCCAGGUUCUGUCACCUACAAAUAUUGCUCUCUCUUACU